GUGAAAUAGGUUAAAUUAUCACAUCCAUCCGACUGGUGUAGUUUUUGCUGUUUAGGAGUGAACAGAUAUCAAUAUUAACGGAUUUUUCUUAAAACUUUCACUUACAUUUCUUACAUAUCGGACAAUUUAUAGGAACUACGUAUUAAUUCCUCAUGGAACAAUUUUAAUAACCUACCAUACCACCAGUUGCGAUAUCGGUGUCGAAAAUGACAACAACGGAGAUAUCGGUGCUAGAAAUGACAAAAUUGGACACAACGGCACCGGAAUCGACAUCAACGGAAAUAACGGAAAUGGAAUUUUCAACAACGGAAACAAUGGAACCGGAAACAACCAGUGCAGCAACGGCACGGGACACGAGAAUGGAGACAACAGCACGGGACAAGUCAACGGAGACAAUGGCGCCGGAAACUACCAUUGAUAACAAUGAAAUUUACAAUGACAAAACUUCCUACUACAAAGGCGGUUGUGAAUACGGUGAUAGAGUAAGUCAGUGUGAAGUUGACGAUGGAAUUAAAUGCUACAACAACAACAUCCGGUCUGACUGUUGUUACACGUGUCAAGGUUACGAAACCUCGAUUUCAGGGUGCAAAUACGGUGAUAGAGUAAGCCAGUGUGAAGUUGACAACGGAAUUAAAUGCUACAACAACAACAUCCGGUCUGACUGUUGUUACACGUGUCAAGAUUACGAAACAUCGAUUACAGGAUGUAUGUAUGGAGACAAAGUGAAGAACUGCACAGCCACAGAGUGUUACUAUUACUCUCCCCAACGCCGUGCCGACUGCUGCAACACGUGUAUAUAUGAUGACUACCCGCAACCAGACCCCUGGUCCACGUGGUCAAGCCUUAUAACAUCGUCAAGCACAGAGAAAUCCUCAUCAGCGAUGACGUCAGGAAGUUCUGGCGUUCCUAGAUGGACUGUACCGGUUGCAGCGAGCAUAGGGGGCGUGUUAGUGCUAGUUAUCGUCAUAAUUGUCGUCAUAAUGUGUAGGCGGAGCAAAAAACCUCACAACAUGUCACCUAUUGAUGAACAGAUGUACAAGGAAUAUAAACUCUCCAAGCGACCACCUAUAGCUCCACCCCGACAUCCGAGCACGGAAAAGGGAUGGGUUGACGAAAAGAAGGCGGAGCCAGAGGCGGAGUAUGCAUAUAUCAACCCCAAUGACGUUGAUGGACCGAAAACAGAUACCGGUAACCGACGGACAAGUAAUGACCCACUUCCGCCAACACCCGAAAGUAAACAGCUCACACCAGCUCCCGCUGAAUAUCUGGAUCUCAAUGUGGCAGGUUUAGAAAGUGGUUAUGGUACCACACCGGCAACUGACCUUGACCAUUACGGACAUAAUCAUGAACGGGCACACUCAAAUCAAUAUGAUAAAUUUCCAGGAGUUGAACCACAUAUAGACUAUAGUCAGGCAGAAAAUGGAGACGUGUCGACCAAAUUUUGAAUUAUUUAAGACUACAAUGGUUUAUAAAACAAAUGAAUGCGCGUAUACAAUAAUACUCAUGUUGAUGCUGGAUGCGGACCACUAACUUUGCAUAAAGCAGGCCAUGAUGACUUUCCGUUAAUUCGGAAAACUUUUGAACUGUUUUCGUUCGUUUUU